ACGCGAAAGGCGCGCGCGGCGGUGACGCGAAAGGCGCGCGCGGCGGCCGCUCAGUGCAGCGGUGGCGAUGAAGGUGGCGGUGGCCGGGUGCUGCCACGGCGCCCUGGACAAGAUGUACGAGACGCUGGAGCUGCUUCAGCGCCGCCACAACGUGCGGCCCGACCUGCUGCUCUGCUGCGGGGACUUCCAGGCCGUGCGCAACGAGGCGGACCUGCGGUGCAUGGCCGUACCGGCCAAGUACCGGCACAUGCAGACCUUUUACCGGUACUACUCGGGCGAGAAGAAAGCCCCGGUGCUCACCGUGUUCAUCGGCGGCAACCACGAGGCUUCCAACCACCUGCAGGAGCUGCCUUACGGCGGGUGGGUCGCGCCCAACAUCUACUACUUGGGUUACGCGGGCGUGGUGCGGUUCCGCGGCGUGAGGAUCGGCGGCAUCUCGGGCAUCUUCAAGUCUCACGACUACCGGAAAGGCCACUUUGAGUGCCCACCAUACAACCAGCAGACCAUCAGAAGUGCUUACCACGUGAGGAAUAUUGAAGUCUUCAAACUCAAACAGCUAAAACGUCCCAUCGAUAUAUUUAUGUCACAUGACUGGCCAAGGAGCAUCUAUCACUAUGGAAACAAGAAACAACUCCUCAAAAUGAAAUCCUUCUUCCGUCAAGAAGUGGAGAGCAACACUUUGGGAAGCCCUGCUGCUUCAGAGCUUCUGCAGCACCUGAAACCCACCUACUGGUUCUCAGCACAUCUCCACGUUAAAUUUGCAGCUUUCAUGCAACACGAGACAAACUCCAAAGAAGAGUUACCAAAAGCAACCAAGUUUCUGGCUCUGGAUAAGUGCUUGCCACACAGAGACUUCCUGCAGAUAAUAGAUGUGGAGCAUGAUCCCAAUGCAGGCGACUCGCUGGAGUAUGAUGCCGAGUGGAUUGCAAUCCUCAAGGCCACCAACAGUCUUGUUAAUGUGACCCAGAGCUCCUGGAAUAUGCCUGAAAACAAUGGUCUCCAUGCCAAGUGGGAUUACAGUGUGACAGAAGAAGCCAUUAAAGAGGUGCUAGAAGAGCUGAACCAUGACCUCAAAAUUCCUUGCAACUUCACAUUGACAGCUGCUUGCUACGAUCCCAGCAAGCCCCAAAAAAACAUGGAGCCAGUUCAUACCAUCAAUCCACAGACUACUGAGUUCUGUGCCCAGUUUGGCCUCACUGACAUCAAUGACAGGAUCCAGCAGGCUAAAGAAGAGAGCUCAGGACGAGGUGAAUGUGAAGAGGAGGAGGAAGAGGAGAUGGACAGUACUGGGUCAGCAGAGGAACCCAGUGAAUACAAUACAGAUAAUUCUGGCCUCUCAUCCUUUAAUCCAGAUGAAAUAAUGCUGGAUGAAGAAGGUGGCGAUGAAGACUUGAGUACAUGUUCUGUAGAUCCCUCCCCUGAUCACCCUCCUGAGUUCUCUACAAGCUUCUCUGACAUCCGGAUCAUGCCAGACUCCAUGGUGGUGUCGUCUGACGAUGCCAUGGACUCCAACAACGAGGAACUGGAGAAGUCUGGUGGGAGCAAGCAGGGGGAGGAAAAGAGCUCCACUGAGAGGUCGUUAAAGCGCAUUGGUGGUGAUGAGAACGGGAACAGUGGUGUUAAAAAAAUCAAGAGAAGGAACCAAGCUAUCUAUGCUGCAGAGGAUGAAGAUAAAACAGAUUAGUACUUCAGAGGGUGUGUAACUAAAUUCUCUCCCAGCCUUUCUGUGGAAAGGUGGUGAGAAUUGUACUGGACUACGCGUGCUUUUAAUGUCACGUGAUCUUAGUCAUGUUACUUUCCUAAAUUCAGAGGCUGGAUGUACUUCUCACAGGGAAGGUGAUUUACACAGAAUAGACAUCAUAGAAAGAAGCUGAGACUUUUCCAACAAAGUACUUUCGCAAAGGAUGUAAAGCUCAUAUAUCCUUGAUUUUGCUUCAGUUCUUGGUGUAUGGUGCAUACUCCGUAUCUUCGGCUGAACUAGACUCACCAUGCUUGUUUAACAUGAACUCUUAAACUAUAGUUUCAGUCCAAGCGAGAGGAUGUCUGAUUUACAAGACUGAAUGAUUUUAUUUUAUUGCUUUUAUCUUGUUUUAUACUGAACUAUUAAUACAAAGUAGUAUACGCAAUAACCCUAUGAAUGAAAUUUGAAAAUAGAAUUCCCAUGAUAACAAAACAGCAAUAGAAGAAUGAAGAUUUUUGUUUCUGGUAAUAGUAAUGCCACAGAAAAAAUCCUUAGUCAUAAACAAAACAAUAUGUCUUGUCCAGGAUUGGCUUUUAAUUACAGUUUUGAUAGCAAACCAAGUCUUGAUUUGGAGAAUUACGGUUUUAUGGGGACCAUGGAAGGGUGCAUCUCUGUUCUUAAAACUCAUUUUCGUUCUCUUUCUUAAAAUUUGAGAACAAUGUCUUAAAACGGAAGUAGUUAGGAAGGACAGCUUCCUAAAUGUGGACACCACCAUUGUCUCAACUGACUAAUUAGGGCUGUGUUUUGUGUUCAUACAAGGUGGUGGGAGUAUAAGUUGUCUGAUACAGUAACGCCUCCCAUUAUCAUUAGGGUCACUUUUCUCUUGUCAUUUCAGUAGCUGUAACUUGCUGAACUCUUAAAACUGGAUUUGGAAUCUUCCAAAGCACCUUUGUAAUCUUCAGCUGAGGGAGAACAGGAGCUGCCAGAAUAGACACCCUCUUUUUUUUUUUUUUUUUUUUUUUUCCCUGAAUUAUUAGUAAAUGGCACUUCUUUGGCCUAAGAGGCGAUGGGGAUAAAACUGAGUUAAUUAAUGAAAAUGGCAAUGUUUUCAAGCAUAUGCCAUUAGACUCAUUAGCCUUCCUGACAGAUGGAAUUCUUAGAUGGAAUUGCUUACGGCUGUGCUGCCCCAAGAGCAGAAGUAGCUCCUGUCCUUUUCCUCCUCCAAGGCACAGGAACUGAGAAGAAGAAAUCAUCCUGACAGGAACAGGGAACUGGACAGGGAGCAGUGAGUGAAAUGCAUAUGAGUGUGAAUUGUAUAUCAGGGUCAGGAAUUGUGUCUUUAAAUCGUUUCCAUGAUCUGGGGUUCAUCUUGCUUCCUCUUCUGUCAAGCAGUUCACAACAAAAACUAAGUUAAGUAUUCAAGGGCUAGGAAAGGGCGUAAUUAAUGCUCUCAACAGUUGAAUUAACAGCUCAUCUGUCAGAACAGCCACCAAAGAGCUGUGCUGAGGUAUGAGGAGAAACUGGGAGUAACCCGGGUGUAACAGUUAGGGUAUUUUAAAUAGCAGUGAACUGUCAGGUAAGUUAUUGAAGCAGACGAAUUUCUUUAAGGGUCCUGGGUCUGCAGUGGUAAAAUCUUAGUUAUGCCUCAUGAUUUGAACACUAUAAUGGAAAUAAAGCAUUUUAAAUAUAAAUUCUGUUACGGAUUUGAAAAGCCUCCCAAGGAACCUAAGCAUGGCAUUGAGUUCUCAGGGUCCCUGCGCAGGAAUAGAGGAUGUAUCUUGCAUGUAACAGACUUUUCAGUCUGAUUCCUUUUGUUUUUAAAAUAAAUUUCAGUCCUAUGUUGUCCCAUGCCU